CAUUCUGCGAGAGUUCGUUAAAAACUGUUUCCAACUUGAAGGAAUUAUUUAGUUUUCUGUGUUACAACGGAUGACGUCAGUAGCCAUUAGAGAUUAAACUCUUUUUUGGUUGUUGUUUGUUUCGUGCUAUAGCCGGGAUUUUUUAUUUUGCUAAGCAGACGACAAGAAAGACGCUACUCCUAACGUUGGUUUAACUUAAAGAAGCCUCCGGUUCUAUACAUUUUGAUUCCAGAACAAAAGCAGUCAUGGCUGAGUCUAGUCAGGAUAACAUCAAAGAAAAGGUUCAGGCUGUUAGGGAGGUGGUGCUCCACAAAAGUAACAAUGAAGUGGUGAUGGUACUUCAGUACUACGACUAUAAUGUGGAGAGAGCCAUUCAAGCAUAUCUAGAAGAUGGAGCUAAAGAAGCCUUGCAGGAGUGGAAUGUCACAGGGUCAAAGCAGCCAAAAAAACGGAAGAAUAAAAAGAAAGCUGGCUCAGACAAGCAAGGGGACAAAUCUGGCCCUGCUCCACCUGGGGCACCGACUGAUGUGAAAGGGGAGCCACCUAUGGUCAAUGGAAAAUCUGUACUUCCCAACGGAGAUGUGCCAAACGGAGGUGAUAAAUCAGAUGUAGAGUCAUCAACAGAGACCCAACCUAAAGAGGAAGCACAAGACUCAACUCAGGCAGCAGCAGCACCAACACCCUCCGCAGCAACGUUAACAGCACCUAGUAAAACUGCAACAUCAGUGCCACAACCUCAGCGGCAGCCCCACAAAGGAGGUAGAGGUCAUGGAGACUCUCACCAACAACAUCACCAUAGCAACAGAGAGAGAACUAUCAGUGAGGUUAGCACCAACUCUGGAAUGGGAGAUGGUCACCACAAGAAACCUUUUCAAGGUCUGGAGAAAGCCAUUAAGGACCUCCACAGACAAACAACAUCUCUGGAACGUCUGAAGCAGCUGCUGGACCAUGAGAUUGACAGGUCCUACAAGAGUAUGAAGUCUGUUUUUGAAGAGUUAAGGCAGGGACUUAGCAAUAGAGAAGCACAACUGUUAUCAGAAAUGGAUAUCCUCAAGAAGGAAGCUUCUGAGAUGUUGUCCAUGCGUCAGGGUAAGGCUGUAGAAUUAAAGAGGCAAGUGGACAGAGCGGACAAGUUGAAGGACUCGGAGGUCUCAGAACUCAGGGCAGAGAUUAAACAUUUUGUGAGUGAAAGAAGACAUGAUGAAGACAUUGGUCACACGACACGAUUCUUGUUUGAUUCAGACCACUUGCUGGAUGAGGUGAAAAAAUUUGGAGAAGUGGUUCAUGUCAAGUCAGUUUACAGCCCUCGCAGAGUAUCCAUCUCUUCUGUAGCUAGUAGCAGCAUCAGCCACAACGACGACCAGUCUCAGGAGGUCAGUGAACUACAAGAAAAGUUCAAAAACUCUUUGAAACUAACAAAUUCCGAUCAUCAAGAUACAUCAUCAGUUGAUUAUCCGACAUCUUCAGCUGGCACUUUAACUGACACAGAUUUCAAGACAAGUAAAAACCGCAGAAGACCAGCCAGUAACAGACAAGAAGAUUCUGUCUCACCAUCUUUAGAUAUUAAUUCCAACAAAGCUACAACAGCAGCAGCACCAUCAACUACAUCCAACAGCAGCAAUUAUUCCAGCCAAGGCUCAUCAGCAACCUACAGAAACAGUAACACAGGCAGCCCAGGCAGGGGUGGGCGUGGUGGAAGCAACUAUGGGCAGAGAGGUGGCAGGGGUCGAGGCAGGGGCAGAGGAGGCUAUGAUCGUGAUGGACCCAGGCCUCAAGGCCAGGGCUAUAAUCGGCCCUACUCCGGACCACCAGCUGCAGCAGGGAGGCCAACAGCAGCCCCGACAAGCACCUAACCUUUCACCUCCAGUUUGUUACUGCUAUGCUCUAAUGUACAAGUUAUUCACCUUCUUUAGAUCCACAUUUAUUGUAAGACUUGUUACAAAGUUUUCUAUCACUAGAAUGAAGCUAUGCCAUCUUGGAACUGUUGAGACACAUGUAAACUUUUAGUACAAUGGCCUUUUCUUUCUUUGUCAAUUUUUAGCUGAUAUAUAUAUUUUCUAACAGUAAACAAGUUUUUUUUUGUCUUCUUCUACAUUUUGUGCCAGUCAAAUGUAUGGCUAAGCCAAAACAGUUUAACCCUAUAUCUGUCAGAUCAAACUUUCAAUGGUGUGAGGUAUAUUUUUUUGAAUUUAUAAGGAUUUUAGAAAAACUAUAUACACGAGAUAACAUAAUGCCAUAUAACUUUUGAAAAAGUCUGUUUCAGGCAAGGGGCAUCAGAAUCCCUUUGACCACUGACAAGGAUUUCUUUCAGCAGACAAAAUAUUUGUAAAAGUAAUUUAGAAUGGCAAAUUAAAUAAAAGAUUUUUAAAAAUAUAUCUGUAAGAAAACAAGAUGAAAACUGGUAGACGUAAUGAGCUGUUGCUGUUAUGAAAAGGAUCAGGUGGAAAGUCUAAUUGAAGGUUGAGGGUUAAAAAGUUUUAUUUAAUUCUAUCUGAAACAAAUCAUGUAUUGUUAGAUCAUCAGUAUUUUUAUCUAUCUAUUAAAAGAAUAUCAAAUGUUCUUCUAAGAAAUGUCAAUACCAGUGUCUUUUUUUUUAGUUGAUUUUUUUCCUUUGUUGUUGAUAACAAUCUUUUUUUUUUGUUUGUUUGUUUGAUAUUACAUUAUAAAAUAUUUGAUAGAAAUUGUUUUCUUUCUCUCUUGUUUUGUUGUGAUUAUUUCCAUUUUUUAUUAACCCUUUUUUCUUAUAGUGGCAAUAAGUAAUUAUGUAGACAUUAACUCGAACUCUAGGGGCUUGGCUGAUAUAUUGAAGUUUUCACAUUUGAUACAUUUAUAUACAUACAAAAUGGUUUUCAUCACAACUGAGCCCCUGUCCAGUAAUGUCCCUGUUUUCUUUUAGGAAUUAAAUAUAGUUACAAGGUUUUUUUAAUUUGCGUCUUUAUCAUUUCAUUUAAUUGUUUCUGGUUUCCAAAUAAUUUCACAUUUUCAUUUUUUUCCAUCUUAAUUUUUUGGUUGUUUUUUUUUUUUUUGGAUUGCAUCAAGAUUGUUAGCAGAUGAAAUGUUUUAACUAUUUGUGGAAAAUGUUCUGACAAAGAUUUUCUAGUCUAAUACAGAAUGUGUCCAUUCAUUCGAGGAUUCAUCUAUCAUGUACCAGUAAAGACAUAUCUACAAAAGUUUUAAAUGAUCUUGUUAAACUCCCAAACUCUAUUGAUUCGUUUUAGUUACUACUAACCUUUGAAUGUGAUGGUUUUUAUACAUCAGUUCAAUGAAGAGAGAGAGAGAAAAACAUGCUCAUAUAUAUAUAUUGUUUGUUAAUGUAAAACACGAUGAACAAAACAUGUGCUGACGAUGUAUAUCUUCAUGAACAUUUUGUUAUUGAUUGAAAUAGAGACACAAAAAUAGGUUUCCACUGAUGAAAUAAAAUUCCUGUUAAUAAUUAUUUUUUUUACAGUGAAACAUUUUCAUUUCAAUAGAAACCUCGAGUUUAACCAAACAAGAAAUCCUGUUUUCUCUUAGUUCUUUCAGUUUUGUUUUUAUUCUUUUUCCUACUUUUCAAUCUUUUCAGUUACAAAAUAAACCAGUCUGAAAUAAUUUGAAUGGGUGGUUCUUAUUUCAUCAUUUUUACAAUUUUAAUUUGUUUUGUUGUUUUUUUUGGGGUCAGAAUUUAGGACCUUAACAAAUGACCCAUUAGCUUUUUUUUUUUUAGUUUAAUAUAUAUGAUUUGAUUUGUUUGUGAUUGUGAUUGGCGGGGGGAGAGGUAAUUUGUUUCUUGUAGUUUUCAGUGAAUGAUAACUCUCUUGUCCCAAAGUCGGUAGUUCUUGGCAGCUAAAAGUGGAGGUGGUUCACCAUACAGUUGAUACAAAAAGUGCUAAAACUUUGAACAAAACUAAAUAGUUGAUCUCCCAGAUUUGGGCAUGUUCAUACAAGGCAAAAGAAUAUUGCAGCCAAGAGAUUGGUCAUAGUAAGAUUACUGUUAAUUGUGAGAGCUGCGCAAAUGUCUUUUUCUACCUUUUGUUUUAAAAUACAGUUUCUACCUAAAGGAACAAAAUAAAUUGAUGGAUGGCUGCUUGGUCAUGUGGUAUGCACUAUGGACUGUCAUCUCAAUUGUCCUGGGUUCAAAAUCUAGCUGCCACCAUCCUACGGUUUAAAAAAUGCUAAUUAAUUUUUUAUUAAUAUUUUUUAUAUUUACCGAUUCUGUUUUUUCUUUAAUUUUCUUUUUCUUUUUUUUUUUCAAAAUCUUUUCAUAAUUGUUUUUUUUAUUGAUUGUUUGAUAAAAAUCAACCAUUUCCUUCAGAUAGUAUCAUGGAAUUUUCUGAUGGAAUAAUUUAGGUUGAAUUAUUUACAAAUAGAACUGGUGUAGAAAAAAGAAAGACAAAAGAGAAACAUAUCUGAAUUACUAUUUUUAAUUGAUGUAUUGGCUAACUCUGAUCAAAUUUUUAAGUAAGAUACGAAUCCUGUAUUAAAUAUUUAAGUACCAGGUUUUAUAUGCUAUGUUUUUUUAACUCAAAUGCUAAGUGGGCAAGCUGUCACUAUAUAAAUGUAAGGUAAAAAGUAAUUCAGCUUGGCAGCAAGAAAUCCAUUUAUGCAAACAGUGUUUGGCAAUAGUUUCUACUUUAUUCCAUAUGACAAAUUCAUUCAAGACUUCCUCCUUCUUCCCUAGUGCUAUCAGAGCAUAGAAGCAGUUGCCUAAAUUAAGGAAAACUUAAGAUUUAACUCUUUCUCUCCGUAAUUAUUUACCACAUUCUGGUGGAAUCAACGCUGGUAUCGUCAGUUAGGAGAGAAAGAGUUAAGUCUCUCAUUAACAUGCAUGACCAGAUUAACUCAUGGAUGCUCAAAGGAUGUUAUUACAUCCCCAUUUGAAGGAAUGUCUUUAAUUUAUAAUAUCCGUUUUCUUUAUUUAAUAGUUCAUUGGGUCUUCUCUUUUCAUUUCUAAUCAAUUUCAGUGAAUGUAAUAGCAGUUUUAAAAUCUUCUUCUGUCUCUGCCAGGUGGCUUUAAUAUUGUUAUUUGUGCAGUGUUAUUUCUUGACUUGACAUGUAUUAGUUUCUUUCUAUCAUAGUCCAUGUGGAUUCAAUGUUGAGGCCAAACAGAUACUAGUUGGAAUGGAAAUGUUUCUCAAUAUUUGCCUAAUUCAUUUGAAACCAAAGUUUGGAGUAAAAAUAAAUAAUUGUAUGAUAUGUUCUGGUCUUGAAUGAACUCUUCGUCUAUUAUGGAAAGAAAUAUACAAUCUACACCUUAAAAGCGUUUUUAUCUUUGCUUCUACUAGAGUUAGACAACUGUAAUUACAAAUUUAUCAUUUUGUCUUUUAUUUACAAAUCCUUGUGGAGACUUGGAUCUGUGGGUGUUAUUGAGUUCAUGCUAUCAGCUCUGCUAGUUAACAGGUUUUGUAGAGAAAUGUAGAGUAAGAUUUAACUAUAGAGGGGAAAAAGAAAGAGGUUACGGUACCUAAAGUUUGUCAUAAAAGAUGGUGUUCUCUUUUUCACUUGCCCUGUGGUUUUUAAGGUUUUAGGAAGAAAAAUGAUUAACGUUAUCCUCAGGACUUAAUGAUCCUUGGGCAAAUGUUUCUGUCAGCGACUGUCGACAGUUGUGUCAUGUUGUUUGGUUUUAACUUUAUUCUAAAAUAAAAACUAGAAGCUCAACUUGAGCUCCUUCACUCCCAGGCCGAGCACUUGACUUGACCCCCACACAAAACUUACUUCUUUUUUCUUUAAUUUUUGUAUCAUUGUCCUUUUUAGACUUCACCUAGCACAUAUCACUUUGACUUUUAACAUCAUAUUGACCGUAGGUCAUCAGUAUUCUAUACCGAGACCUUGAUUCUGUAACAGUUGUUAAGUGUUUUCUUUGUAGGUAUAGAUAUUUUAUUUUUUUUUGCUGUCAGUCUUAAAGUCACAGGGUAUUAUGACUUGAGUCUUUUUUAUGCCAGGGUGGCACUGAUAGGAUGUUCACAUUUUGAUUGUUUGGGAAGAAAGUCAGCUCCAAGGAUGUAAACUUCUUGUGUUUUAUUUGAUUGUUGGAAUGUUGUAGCAAGUGUCUCAGAUAAAGUUUUGUUUUUAGAUAUAACUAGAUAGGGGAGUGUCUGACAAUCAAUGCUUUAAUAGUCUUUGUUUUAGUAGCUUCUCAGUGGCUGUAGAUUUAAAGCAAAAUGUUCUCUAGUGGGCUAUAUAAUGGUUUCCUAGUGGUAUAGCUUAAAGAAUUUUUUUUUUCUUUUCUUCUUUAGACUGUAUACAUUUAAAUGCUUUUUUUUUUUAUCUUUGUUUGAUGUGUUCUACAUCCUGAUGUUUAAUAUGUAAUACAUCAUGAUGUACAGUUAUUGUUCACCCCCACUUGUUUGUUUUUUUCAAGAUUUUUUUUUAUUUACGAUAAAUUUCUUUUUUUUUUUUAAAUCAUUCAUUGAAUCCUUUGUUUGUUUGAUCAUGUUUCUCUGCAAUACAAUCUAGUCUUGAUCUGUGUACCUCCAUGAAGAUUGCAAGUCUUCUUGUCAAAGCUAGUGAGAAGAAUAUGUUUUGAUGGCCAUUCAACUGAAACUUAAUAAUGUUAUUUGCUUUGUAUUUUUAACUGAGAAAUGUAAAGCUGUAAAAGACUUUGAUAGCUGGUCAUGUGAUAUGCAUUCUUGACUUUCAUCUCAAUGAUUCCGGCUGCAAACCUUGGGCUAGAAUGGAAUAAUCUUCUAUUCUAACGGAUAUUCCAGUAAAACAAGACUUUGCUUAAGCAUUUUCUGUUCGAAUUUUCCAAUGAGGUUGUUCCAAAUCUCUGACCUACUUUAUAAAAAAGGUCACGUGACUGUGGUCUUAUACAUGGCAAUAUCUUCCUAUGAUAAGAUGUAGAUCUAGAUUUAGUGCUAGCCUAGAUCUAGUAGACCUACUAAAUAAUCAUAAAAAUUUGUGAAUUAUUGUAACAUACUUUUUAUUACUUACAAAUGUCUAGAUCUAGACUAUUUUCAUUUUUAAAUUACAAUGAGGUCAUUAAAAAUGUACCCAAUUAACUUUCAAAAAAUUGUUUUGGUCCAGACUACACAAAUAUUUGUAACAAAUUUGUUAAGCCGUUGAGACGAAGAUGUCCAGGUCUUGUUGAAACUGGGUCUCUUGGGGGAAAAACAUAUAUAGUUGGUUGCACUUGUCAUCCAUGUAAACCAAUUUGGGUCAUAGAUGCUGGUCAAGCCUGCUCCACCUUAUCUAGUGGCUGGCCUCAAAGGAAAACUUUUAAAUAUAUUCCUGGGCAUGGCAUAGAGUUGUGUCCCUUAAUACUUCAUUCACCAUCGUCAUUGGUUCAUUUUUUUUGUUUCUAUUUCCUCUUCUGUCAUUCAUGUGUUGACUUGGUUAGGUUUUAGGUCAAGAGUUAACUUCUCUUUUGUUUUUAUGCUUUACAUAGAAAAACUUUUUUUUUUAGUUAAAACUUAUUUCAUAGUCUAAGACAAACUUGUUUUUGUUCUGACUGCAGAUUUUUACUGAUAUCAUGUUUGACAAUUUUAACAAAAAGUAUAUAUUUGUAUUCUUGAAUGGACAAAGUGUUGCAAACAUAAAAUAUAUAUAUAUAUAUAAUUUUUGCAUUAUAGCAAACUAAGCAGCACUGAACUAAACAAUUUUUUUUUUCUCUCUAUGCAUUUGUUCGUGUGUCUUAACGCUGUUAGUGGUCAGUGAAAUCAUUGUUGCGACGAAUUUGGUAUUGUUUGUUUCAGGUUGUGGGUUUGCUAGAUUGAAAAUAACAAACAGAACAGUUUUAAAAAAUGUGGUUUGUUUGUAUUACUGUAUUGUAUGAAUCACAUUGUUCCACUAACAUAAUAUCCAGUUUGGAUUGCCUUGUUCUCAUAUCAGCUAACACUUUAUAUCCUUCAUCCUCCAUUGUGUCUUUGACAAAUAUUUCAAUCAAUUAUUUUCAAUAAAAAAAAAAAUUUACAUUUC